CAUAAACUUCGAAGCAGAAGAAAAAGAAGCGUCACCUCGGAAACGCUCCUCCAAACUCUGCAGAGUGAUGCUAAAACUGCGCUACAGCGGAAAUUUACUCACUAGGUUUGCGCCAAAGGUGGACCUGUGAAGAACCUGUGAAGAACCAUCUCCGUCAGUUCUGGGACCAGGAUGGACGUCAGCAUCGCCGUGUCGCUGAUCCGAGGCCAGAUGGGCACCGUGGUGGAGCGGGCGGUGAACGUCGCCGUGGAGACGGUGCUGGCCGAGAUGCUGAAGGUGGUGGGGGUGAAGUUCGAGGAGCUGAAGGCCCAGCUGGUGCUGACGAAGAAGGACGUGGCGGCGCUGCAGAGGGAGAAGGCGCUGAAGGAGAAGGAGAACGACAACAUCCGGGCCAAGCUGCGCUACACCGAGCUGAAGCUGAAGUACUACCGGCAGGGCGUGGAGGAGGAGCUGCAGCAGAGGACCUCCACACUGGUCCGAAUCCACAGAGGAGGGACCGGAGUCUCAGCCGCCGAGGCCUCCAUGUCCUGCUCUGCUCAGAUCAGAACCAACGAGGAAGCAGCGGCGAGAAGUAACCAAGUCCCAGAAUGCACCUCUUCCCAGAUGGCCAGCAGACGAGCAGUCAGAGUUUGUUGUCCGUCUGAUGAUGUUGCUUCUCAUCCGUCUGAGCUGCUGCUGCCGCUUUCACUGAGCGUCAACACGCCUGUAGAAGCUCUGGACAGCAGCUCAGACCCAGCUCAGAGCAAAGACGUGGACCUGGACGAUGAGUGUGAGUGGACGAUCACUCUGCAGCCUCACACUGAAGCUGUGGACGCCGUCGUGGCUCCGCCUCCCGUCCACACUCACACUUUAGAUGGAGGUCAACAGUCAGCAGCUCCUUCAGAGUCUCCAGACAGAUUAACUCAGGCUGACAGCUCCACACUGCCCUCUGCUGGUCUUCAGGUGAAGCAGGAGGAGGAGGAGGAGGAGGAGGAUGUGAUCUGCAUCAAGGAGGAACCAGAGGAGGAGCAUCAGGGGAUGGAGACGCUGCUGCUGGACUGUCAGGUGAAGACAGAUCCUCCUCCAGAGUCUCAGGUGAAGCAGGAGGAGGAGGAAGAGGAGGAAGAGGAAGAGGAGGAGGAGGAGGAGGAUGUGAUCUGCAUCAAGGAGGAACCAGAGGAGGAGCAUCAGGGGAUGGAGACGCUGCUGCUGGACUGUCAGGUGAAGACAGAUCCUCCUCCAGAGUCUCAGCCUCAGAGGUCGAUGACUGAUUGGUCCAGGCUUCCAGGAAACCAGAUGGACCAGAGUUCAUCCUCCAGUCCGAGCAGCUAUCCACUCCCUCCUCUGUCCUCCUCCCUGCCCUCUCUGGCGGUUCUUCCUCCUGUUCCUCCUCCCCAGGCGGUCCGGCCCUGGACCAAAGACCUGAGCAUCUAUGAUGAAUUUAAACUCCGCAGGAACGAGCUGCGACGGCAACACCGGAGCAGACGGAGAGAGCUGGAGAAGACGCUGCCUCAGCCGCUGCUGGCAGACCUGGUUCGAGAGCGCCGGGAGAAGACCAGACUGAGAGUCGCUCGGUGGAGGGCAAAGAGGAAACUCCAGGCCUGUUUGAACCAGGCUCAGCCUCAUGGUGGCGCUGCAGCUCAAAACCAAAGCGGGUUUCCUGUCAGCAGUCAGCAGCUCAGAACUCCUUCAGCUUCUCCUCAGUCCAGCAGCUUCCUCAGCUCCAUGUCCUCCAUGCUGCCCUUCAUCCCCUCAUCUUCCUCCUCUCUGCUGCUGGCUCCUCAUGAACACUCCGUCACCUCCUCUUCCUCCUCCUCCUCCUCCUCAUCCUCCUACCAGAUCAGCCCAUCGCAGCAGAGCUCCUCCCUGACGGACACAGAAAUCCUGCAGUGAGUUUACACUGUUAAAGAAACGCUUAAAUCAGCUUUACUGAGCGUGUUUAUGGUCAAACUCAUGUACAGACAGAAACAUGGAUGGAUUAGUGUUUAGCAGAUUAGCAGAUAUUUAAAGUUACUUAUUACGAGUUAAAUGUCUUUAUGUGAGUGUUUAAAUGUAGAAAUAUGUGUUAGUUGGAGCUAAAAUGAAGGCGGCGCUCUUUAAAACCAUUAUUUCCUGGAUUAAUCCAACAGUUUGGCUGGAAAAUGUCAGAGAAAGGUCUAGACUGUAUUCUAAGUGUCUGGUAAGGGUGUCUGUGAAUAUUUCAGAGUUCCACAGAGGUAGGGUUUUUUUCCCCAGAUUUAUCACUUUUAAUGGACUUUUUCCAUCAUUUCUGAGCCUCAGAACUUCAUCAGUCCAGCAGGUAGAACCAGGACAUUUAGGAGGAAAAACUGCAACUAAAAUUACUUUAAAAAAAAAAAGGCUGGAAAAUGACCACAGAAAAAAACACCACAAAUGAAAUGUAACAAAACCUCAAAUUCCACCCAAAGACCUUUCAAAAUUACCCUGAAACAUUCAAAUAUGCCAGCAAAAACAUGGAAAAUCACCAGAAAAAUGGUGAAAUUUACCGUGAAAAGAACCAAGAAAACUCAAAUUCAGCACAAAAAUAAUCAACCAAAUAGGACUAAAGUUCCUUCCUGACCUCCUCAGAACCAGCUGGUUCUUCAUCUCCAGUAACUUUAUUCAUGAUCACAGUUCUACCUUCAUACUGGGAAUAUUUCAGACUUCCAGGUCCUUGAAGUCCAGAGAAAAACUGCAACUAAAAUAACUAAAAAAGCUGGAAAAUCACCACAAAACAGGUGAAAUUGUGACUAAAACUCAAAUUUUGUCCAAAAAAACUUCCAAAAUUACCCUGAAACAUUCACAUAUGAAAGCAAAAGCAUGGAAAAUCAAGACAGAAGCAGCCAAGUUUACCACAAAACAGGUGAAAUGGCAACAAAACCUAAAAUUUGGCCCAGAAACACACAACUGCCAAAAUUGCCACAAACUCACCCCAAAAUACCUCAAACGUCUUUUCUCAAAACUUUCACCAAAAUGUUUCAAAAUUUUCCAAAAUGACUAAAAACCACUGAAAUACCUAAAACUUACUGAAAAUACCACAAAUUCCAAGUUCCAAGAUGAAAAAAGUCAAAACCUGUCCCAGAUUAGUUACAAAUUUUACUAAAUCACUAAAACAAAAAUCCAAAAUGACUAAAAGUGUAGCUUUUUUUCCCUGUAGCCAACUUUACGCCUUGUUUUAAUGGGAUCCAUUGUUGUUUCAACUGUUUCCUUACGUCUGUAACUCUGUAAAUAGUCAUAGUAUGAAGGUAAAACUUCAUUAAAUACUGAAGGUACUGCAGAUAAGGACUCCAUUAAACUUUAAACACUAAAAACCACCUAACAGACACUUAGAAUGCAGUCUUUAAUAAAAAGUCCUGCUGCUGUGGUUUUAGCUCAGAGCUACAUGGAAACAAUGAGUACUCCACCUGUAGUAUUUCUGUACUUUAACUAAUAUUGUGUCACAGGGAACACUUCUAAAUGUAGAAAUAUAAAAAUGUAUGUAUGUAUGAGUGAAAAUAACAGCUGGAAUUUCUAAUAAAAGCAGUGAAAAGAA